GUGCAGGUUAUGGCUCUGCAGCACCGUGCUGCACCACAAACGAGCUGCAACCCUGCAACUAUGCGAGAAAUGCAGCUGUUAAAUGGAGGCAUGUGAUUGGCUGUUGCUGCCAAAGCAACGGUGACAUCACCGGGGAUGUACCACGCAGGAGCCGUUUGAGUCCUCGGAGCUCAGAGGAGGUCCAGCAGCUUGAGCCAUCUGUCAUCUAAACCCUCUAAAAAAAUAAACAUGUCCGACCUAACGGAGGACCAGAUCAUGGAGUUUAAAGAGGCCUUCCUUUUGUUUGACCGGACGGGCGAGGGGAAGAUCACCUACAGCCAGUGUGGCGAUGUUAUCAGAGCUCUGGGACAGAACCCGGUCAAUGCUGAAGUACUCAAAGUCCUGGGAAACCCCAAGCUGGAAGAGAUGAACACCAAGAUGCUGGAUUUUGAGCAGUUCCUGCCCAUGUAUCAGGCCAUUGCUAAGAACAAGGACCAGUGCUCCUUUGACGACAUUGUUGAAGGCCUGCGCGUCUUUGACAAGGAGGGAAAUGGCACAGUGAUGGGAGCUGAGCUGCGUCAUGUCCUCACCACUUUAGGUGAAAAGAUGACAGAAGAAGAGGUGGAGACUCUUUUAGCGGGACAUGAAGAUGCCAAUGGCUGCAUUAACUACGAAGAGCUCGUCCGGAUGGUGCUGAGCGGUUGAGAACUUCCGAGGACCACUUCCAGAUUAUUUUCUCUGUUGUCUUGCCCUUCUAUCCAUGUCAUCCCUUCCCCAAUAAGUCUGUUUUGUUUCUGUGACAUUUUUGUGCCUUUUCUGUCAAAUGUGAAGAGACACUUUCACCUCAAUUUCCAAACAUUCACCUGCAGGCACAAUCAGUAGUAUUAUCCCCCCGGAUUGUUUAACUUUUGUCAUCUUUAUCUGUCUUGUCAGUUUUCUUGUGAAUGGAAAUAAUAAUGGGAUUUCUGAAAGUUUGAAAUAAAAAUGCUGUUUUACAAAGUGUCA